UACUGGCGACACCUGGUAGGUCCGGCAGGAGGAGCAGUGUUGCCAUCGCGGCGCCGAGAGCCUCAGAGGCCGCCGUGAUCUCGCGGAAGGAAUACGCUUCGCUCUGCCAACUCCCGAGGAAAUCGCUUCGUCCUUUUCGAAAUGGCCGUCGCAGGACCCCGCACGCUCAACCUCGUCAGACAGAAUCAGGCCUCGAUCCAGCAUGUCUGCUCGAGGGCCAGUUCUUGGUGGUCUGGGGUGGAGAUGGGACCCCCAGAUGCCAUCUUGGGUGUUACUGAGGCAUUCAAGCGUGACACGAACCCCAAGAAGAUGAAUCUGGGUGUUGGUGCCUACCGCGACGAUAACGGCAAGCCUUUCGUCCUUCCAUCCGUGAGGAAGGCUGAGGAGCUGAUUGUGAGCCAAAAGUUAGACAAGGAGUACUUGCCCAUCUCUGGCAGUGCCGAGUUCUGCAAGCACGCCAUUACCUUGGCUCUCGGGAGUGACAGCCCAGUUGUUGCUGAUGGACUGAAUGUAACAGUUCAAGGUAUUUCUGGUACUGGCGCUCUCCGCAUCGGCUCCACCUUCCUCUCAAAGUUCUUCCCAGGUCCAAAGAAUGUAUGGCUGCCAGCACCAACUUGGGGCAACCAUGUUCCCAUCUUCAAACAUGUCAAUAUGGAUGUCAAUCAGUACAGAUACUACGACCCAAAGACCUGUGGAUUCGACUUCAAUGGCGCAAUAGAGGACAUUUCUAAAAUCCCUAAGGGUAGUUUGAUCAUGCUUCACGCCUGUGCUCACAACCCCACUGGUGUAGACCCCAAAGCAGAGCAGUGGGAUGAAAUGAGCAAGGUCAUCAAGGAGAGAGAGCUGCUUCCCUUCUUCGACAUGGCAUAUCAAGGAUUUGCCUCAGGAGAUGUAGCCAAGGAUGCAUAUGCUGUGCGCAAGUUCUUAGCUGAUGGCCAUAAGAUCUGCCUUUCCCAGUCUUUCUCCAAGAAUAUGGGAUUGUAUGGUGAGAGAGCUGGUGCAUUUUCAAUUGUAUGCAGUGACAAAGAUGAAGCCGCCCGUGUUAUGUCGCAGGUGAAGAUCUUGAUCCGACCCCUUUACUCCAACCCACCUCUCCAUGGUGCUCGCAUUGUGUCCACUAUCCUUAGUAAUCCAGAACUGAAUUCUAUUUGGCUGAAGGAUGUCAAGGGCAUGGCUGACAGAAUCAUUAACAUGCGUACCAAGUUGAAGGAAAACCUUGCCAAGGAAGGAUCCAUUAGGGACUGGAGUCACAUCACUGACCAGAUCGGCAUGUUCUGCUUCACUGGCAUGACCCCAGACCAGGUUGAGAAGCUGACAAAGGAGUUUUCUGUGUACCUGACAAAGGAUGGACGUAUCUCAGUUGCUGGUAUUGCUUCCAGUAAUGUUGAAUACUUGGCUCAUGCAAUGCACCAUGCCACUAAAUAAAAAUAAAAGUUCUCAGAUUUAGAUCUAUUUAUUGGGAGUGUGAAAUGGGACUUUUUUUUACAUUUAAAUAUCACUGUGAAAUGGUAUAGCAUACAGCCAAUGUUAGGACACACAUUUUAAACUUCAAAUGGUUAUUUCCUGUGCUUAACAUUGCUGCUAUCAUGAUUUAAAAGAAGUGCACUGCUUUUCUUGACAUUUAAAGCUUUGCUGCAAUGAUUAUUGAUAAUCAGAGGCAUAAUGGAAAUUUGUUCAUAUGGUAAAGCAGACAAAAGAUAGUAAUGAGACUUUAGAGUUGUCCUCCUCCCUGAAUCUGUAUAUUUCUGUAGAUAAGUCAACCCCCCACAAUUUUAUAUUAAAUUAAACCCAGAGAGAUUAAAGACAAUGUUUGCUUUAUUUGAAGGUGUAAUUCAUUUCUGAUAUUUAAAAUCAAUUAUUUUGGUGUAUAUACAUCCUGUGUCCCUGCCAUUGCAGGUACUAUUCCAUGUACACAAUAAACAUUAUAAUCUUU